AAGCUAGGCCGACCGGGCAGAGUUGAGAGGUCAGUGGUUUCCCACGUUGGUAAUCGGCGGGGAGGGAAUGGCGAUUAAUGAAAUCUGUUGUAUAGAUCUUGCAGGAUUGAUAUACCAUUUGUAUUGACGACGAGCAGAACUGGGAUACAGACAAACUAAGACUGAGCGGACAUGGCGGGAAUCCUGUUUGAGGAUAUCUUCGACGUGAAGGACAUCGACCCAGAUGGGAUGAAGUUUGAGAGAGUUUCGCGGCUGCACUGUGAAAGCGAAUCCUUCAAGAUGGACCUGAUCCUCGACAUCAACAUCCAGAUCUACCCCGUCGACUUGGGUGACAAGUUCCGCCUGGUGAUUGCUAGUACCCUUUACGAGGACGGCACCCCUGAUGAUGGGGAAUACAACCCCACUGAUGACAGGCCCUCAAGGGCGGACCAGUUUGACUACGUGAUGUAUGGGAAGGUGUAUAAGAUCGAAGGGGACGAGACCUCGACAGAAGCUGCAACACGCCUCUCUGCCUAUAUAUCCUAUGGGGGUCUCCUGAUGCGACUGCAGGGCGAUGCCAACAACCUGCACGGGUUCGAGGUGGACUCCCGAGUCUACCUGCUCAUGAAGAAACUGGCCUUCUAGAGACCGGAAUUCCCCGCGCGGCCCUGGGUUCAAUGAGAGACACAGACUCUCUCUCUCACACACACACACACACAAUAUCUUCGCAUGGGGGUGAAGAGAGUGUCUGGCCCGGACCUUUCUUCACACAAGACCUCCUGGAAAUGAAACAGAACGGUCUAAUAGAGGGACAAAGUGAAACUGGAGACUGCUUCCAGGUGAAGCUUUCCCAACAGCUGCCUGUACUCCCUCUGCUCCACUCUGCCCUGCCCUGAUGUUUCUAGGUUAUAUGCUGUCAUCGAGGUGUAAAUAAAAAGUCAACAUUUUUAAGUA